GGUGAACCCGGAUCCUAACUGCCAAACGAACAGACUCCGUCCACUUUCUAACCAAAAAACAAGCACGUUUUGGUUUCUUAUUGGCUUUUUUCCGCCAAUACUCUCGGCCUAUAUAAACCCCAACCCUCCACAACAGAUUUUUGCUACUUUUCUGAACAAACCCUUCAAUUUUUCCCGCCCGAUUGAAAACUUUCCUAGAAAGUACCACAUAGAGAGAAAAAAAUAAAAAAAGAAGAAGAAGAAGAAGAAGAAGAGAGAAAUGGCAACUAUGGUAGUAUCAUCCCAAGCCAUUGAGACUCAGAAGAAGAACAGAAUUCAGGUUUCCAACACCAAGAAACCGCUUUUCUUCUAUGUCAAUCUAGCUAAGAGGUAUAUACAGCAGCAUAAUGAGGUUGAGCUUUCAGCCCUUGGAAUGGCAAUUACCACAGUGGUCACAAUUGCUGAGAUUUUGAAGAACAAUGGACUGGCUACAGAGAAGAAAGUUUCGACAUCUACGGUUGGCAUGAAAGAUGAGAACAAAGGUCGUUUGGUACAGAAGGCCAAGAUUGAGAUUGUGCUGGGGAAGUCUGAGAAAUUUGACUCUCUUAUGACUGCUGCUGUGGCAUCUGCGACAGCUACUGAAGACAAGGAAAAUGAUAAGGAGAUUGGCAAGGAAAACAAGAAGGAAAGUGGAGAGGAAAAUGAUAAAUAAUAGAAACCUACUUUUCAAUGCCUUUUUCUUUUUUUUCUUUUUCUUUUUUUCUUUGUUGUAGUUUAAUAUUAACAUUCUUUCUUACUCUCUGAUCACACAGAGGUAAGUAGGAGAGUAGGCAGGUUUUCUGUUAUUGAAGAUCGUAGUAUGGAAUGGUUAAAAGAGUACAGAAAAACAGCAACUUUAAAUAAGAUGGCAUUGUAUAGAGGUUGCAGUUGCAUGCUACUCUCUAGUCUCAUCCUUUUCUGAGGGAGAUGUAAAGAUUUUCUCUGUUACCAUA